AUGCACUCGACUCAACUUCUCGCAGCCGCUCUCAGCGUCGCUGGCUUCGUCGCUGCGGCCCCCCAGAUCCAGCCGGGCAAGGCCGGCUGCCCCCAGAACAUCUGCAUCGACGGAAUCAACCCCGCCUGUCCCACCGUGCGUUGGGGAGGCUGCUACGAUGCCUGCAAGCCGGACACGGCGCCCACGAUGCCUCCCUGCCCGAAGCCCACGAAGCCGACAAAGUCCAUCACCAAGAUUCCCGGCAAGCCCUCGCCUCGCCCUACCGCACCUCCCAGCAUCUCGGUCACCCCGGUCAAGCCGCCGACCAUUAUCACGGACUCAUGCAGCAAGCGCACCGUCUGCAUAGACUACGUCAACGAGUGUGGUCAGUGGUACGGCGGAUGCCACUCCGACUGCCGCCCCUGGCCGUCCUACACCGCGCCUCCCUGCUCGAAGUCCACGUCCGCGCCCGACCAGACGUAUUCUCUGCCUUACUUCACCAGCGAGCCUGAUCAGACCUAUUCUCUCCCGUACUUCACUGCCGAUCCCACCCCUUGA